AUGUCCGCUGCUACUGCCGCCCCAAAGGCCACUACCUUCUUCGGAAACAUCGUCUCUUACGACGUCCACACCUACUACAACUACGAAGACCUAGAGGAGCAGAAGUUUGCCCGCGAGCUCUACAGAAAGGUCGAAGUCGAGUUUGCUGACUUAAUUGAGAAGGGUGAUGUCCGUAUUUUCAAGUUCUGGGAGUACCCAAUCGGUCCGCAUCCAAUCAGUAUGUUUGAAAUCGAUUUCAAAACCGUCGAGGCGUUCAUCAAGGUGAUUCCUUUCUACCAGGUCAACCACGGGCCAUUAAGUGUGUUGAUCCACCCACGUUCCGACAAGGGCGCCUUGACCGACCAUACCGAACACGCGUUAUGGUUGGGCGAGAAGCAGCCAUUGAAGUUGGGUGUGUUGCUGAACGAUGUUGGCGAGGACUAA